AUGGAGUCUCAAAAUGAAAUAAGACCAGAUUCCGGUGCUGGACCAGAAUCUGUUGGUCAACCCUCUGUCGGAACACCUAGUGUUGAUUUGCCGACUGUGUUGGAAGUGCUGUCUGCAUUACCCGAGUCUCCCUCAUCCAUCUCCGAUCGAGGAACUGAAGAGCUCGGUCUGCAAGAUCAAGAGAAGAUGUUUCGUGCUUUGCGUUCAAUCAUUGAAAAGGCUGAUGCUGCUCCCGAGGUGGCAAACAACUUCGACUUGAAAGAACUCCAUGCAUCUCUGGAGAAAGCCGACGCGGAUGGACGCCGGGGUCAAAGAGAUCCAGAGUCUUUGCGAAGUGUGCUCCAAAUUCUCCACAAGCUUUGGGCUUCUAACUCUGAAUAUCUUGCGCAAGCUGCCGAGGUCUUGGCCAAUGGAAGUCGGGAUGUGUCGUGGCGUGGACCGAUUGGGAAGUCUGGCAUCCUCAAGUUCUUCUUGGACGUUGUAUCUUCCUCGCUGAAGUUGGAUGCCAAGCUGCUGCUGCAUUCUUUACGUCUAGUUGGCAAUUCGUGCGCAGACACGAAUGAAAAUCGACAAAUCGUCGUUGAUGGAGCCUACACUCUGGCGAUUAUCAGGCAUUUUCUCAACCCUGAUUUGGUCCACGUUGCGAUUCCUGUGAUCUACAAUAUUUGCAUGGACUUUGAACCCGCACACGUCCAGAUUGCUGAAAACCGAGUGGCAUACAUUAUCUUGAAGUUGUUAAAAGAUGGCGGUCUGCGAGAUAACAGUGCGCUUCUCAGUUUCUCGUUCGACCUGGUGGAAUUGGCAUCAGAGCAAGCGCGAGGCAUCGAAAAAUCUCCGGACGGGACAAUCUGGCUUCUUGCGCAACUCGCAAUGGAAGAAACCGAAUUUGAACAUUUCUCAGCGCUAACAAACAGCCUCUCCGCUUACCUGGCUAAUGAACGAUUCCAAGAAGUGUGCAUCACCAAUUUCAUCGUUGAAGAUGUUCUGAGUGUCCUUCGUCGCUCCUUUUCGAUUGAUGUCGACGAGUCUUCUCCCGAAGAAGUUUCAGCUAUGGCUCAGGUUCGACUCAAGAUCAACCAGGCUCUCGCAGAAGUCUCGGCCUCGCCAUUGUUUACUGAGAAAUAUCCCCUCAGCUCAAGCAUGGCGCAGAACUUGAAAAUCUGGAUCGCUGCCGACGAAGAACAGCUCCAGAUCUGCGCGUGCGUCAUGCUGGGCAACAUCGCUAGAUCAGACGAAGUCUGUCAGGUGAUGGUGCGUGAUUUGAAAAUCCACGAGGAGUUGAUCUCAGUCCUCAGGAACGGAUCUCGUGGUGCAGUUCUCCAUGCAGCCCUGGGUUUUCUCAAGAAUCUCGCCAUUGCUGGUGAAAACAGGGUGAGUUUGGCAGAGGCCGGGAUUAUUCCGGCUGUGUCUCGCCUGUGGGCAUUUGAUUCAGUUCCCCAAGUCCAAUUCUCCGCUGCUACUAUCGCACGACAAGUGACUAUCUCCUCUAUGGACAACAUCGCUCGAUUGCUGGCCCCUCUUUCGGAGGAUCCGGACUCUCCGGCAAGCAAACGAACUUAUCUUUCCCUACUUCUAUCAUUGUUUGAGAAGACAGACUCGGCUCCGAUCAAGACGGAAAUUGGGCGCACGAUCGCCUCUAUCUGUCGUACAAUCUCUCCCAAGGCUCGAGACGGCAACCAAAAUGCCAAGCUGCUGCAGGAGAGACUGUUCACUUUACAUGAGGUUGUCGCGCGGCCGAUCGGAGCCAUGAUUACGCAGACCCAAUGGCCUGUCGUACGAAGCGAAGGAUGGUUUGCGCUCGCGCUCAUGGCCAAUGACUCCUCGGGCUGUAGAGCAGUGGUUGAUUGCUUGCAUAAUGAAGAUGUUGCGGCGCUUUUGAGAUCAACUUUGAAAGCGGAUGCUACCCCUUCCUCCUCCGCAGAUGGCUCGGAAUCCAAUGCACCCAAUGAGACCCAGGUAAUGAAGGAUCGUGACAAUGCAUUUGUGCUCGUGAAAGAACUGUUGAAAAAUGAGGCCGGUUUACUCCCAACUAGCUAUCGGGAGUCGAUGGAAGUUCUUGUCAAGAGCAGUCAAAUUUUGAAAUGA